GGGGGGCGGCCCGGGCGGCUCCACUGCAGCCGCCGGGGAGGGGAGCCCCGGGCUGGCUCCACCGCGCGCGGGGUUCGGGCCCCGAGCGCGCCAGGGGGGCAGUUGGAGCCCGGCAUGGGCCGGAGCUUGGCUGGGCUGGUUCUGUGGCUGGCGCUGCUGCAGCUGCUGGCGCUGGGGACCCCCUCUCUGUCCUCCCCUGACUAUCAGUACUUCGGCUCCCACAGCCAAGGGGAUACGUGGGAGCAGCUGAGGCUACAGAACCAGGACAAAGUGCUGGACUCCAUUCUCGGCCCCUGGGGACGGUGGCACUGUCACUGCGACCUCGGCAAGCAGGAGCGCACCCGCGAGGUGGUGGGCAGCGCACCGGGCCCCUUGUUCAUGGACUACGAGAAGCUGGUCCAAAUGCGGCCCUGCCGGCUCCAGGAUUGUGCCGCCUGCGAACCCGCCGACUGUGACUGA